AUGUCGUUGUCGUCACCAGCGACGGUAUCAACCGAAUAUGACCUGUGCCAAGUCGACUCAGCAAACCAAAUCACCGAGUUGCUUCGACAACGUUUCCUUGACGAUCUAUGUUUCACUACCAUUGGAUGCUCUGCUCUCGUGGCUGUAAAUCCAUACCGACAACAGCAGCCAUUAUCUGCAGAAACCAGCGCCCACUAUCAAAAUGUCAUUCAGGCAAACACACUCAUUGACCUGUUUGGUAAUGCGAAAACGACCAUCAAUGACAAUGCUUCACGUCUCGCAAAAUAUCUUCAACUCGGCUUUUCCGAUCGCGGACGACUCAUAUCAGCCCAAUGGUUCGCACCUUACGCUUUAGAAAAGAGCAGAGUCACCAGCAGCACCGAGCGGAACUUUCACGUCUUCUAUGCACUUUUGCUCGGUAGUCCCCGCGAAGAAAAGGUUCGCCUGCAACUCCUGGACCAACCCUUCAACUACUUGUUCAUGCGCCCUGGUGCCACAACCAACACGGCAAGCAUUACCGCUAAUACGGCAACAACAGAUGAAGACGCCGAAGCCCAAUAUCAGCAGCUGCGACUCGCACUAAAAGCACUUGGUUUUUCAAAACCCAAGGUGGCACAAAUAUUCCAGGUUUUGGCUGCUAUUCUCCACUUGGGCAAUAUUCAGUUUGUCCAGGAUCCGAACCAUAUGCAGGAUGCAGCCGUCGUCCGCAGCUUAGAGCCAUUGGAUAUGGCGGCGGAACUAUUGGGCGUCGAAGCAUCUGCUUUGCAGAAUGCAUUGACGUACAAGAGCAAAUUGAUAAAACGCGAUAUCACCACCCUAUUUUUAGACGCAGAGCAUGCUAGCAAACAGCGUGAUGAUUUGGCAGAGGCGCUCUAUGUGCUUUUGUUUAGCUGGAUCAUAGAUCAAAUGAAUGGCAAGCUGGAUAAAGGAACAGAAGCAGCAGCAACAAUCGGUCUGUGGGAUAUGCCAGGCCAUGCACAGACAACACUACCCUUCGAUGCGUUUACGCACCAUUUCGUUGCUGAACGCAUGCAUCAGUGGAUGAUGAUUUCAACUGUACAGCAGCAACCACUACAACAGCAGCAGCCAGAAGAAGCUAGUAUCAACACUAUGCUCGAUGUAUACUCACAUCCAGCUAAAGGCGUGUUUAGCGCACUCAAUGCACCACAACAACGAUCGUCAUGGGUCGAACAUUGGGCUAGCGCCAACAAAAAGACGGAAACGCACCAAUUCACAGUGCAACAUUUUUGGGGACCUGCAACAUACACACCCGAUAGCUUCCAGAGCCGCAACGAAGACUAUCUGUACAGCGACUUUUAUUCACUCUUCCGCGGCAGUGCCUACUGCGAACCGGCCAGCAAUAGUUUGGUAGCAGCUCUCUUUGCAGAGCAACGCGGCGACCACCGCGUGCUUUCAGCCCAAUAUGGCAUCAAACCUACUUCGGCUCCACCGUCUAAUGCUGCAGCAGGAGGCGAAAAGCCAGCGUCAGCAUUAACAACACCAGCAGGCGCAGCGCCACCAACAGUAACUGAACAAUUAAUGGAUGGCAUGGCAGAACUAACUGCAGCACUGGCGAACACUACGCCAUGGUUUGUUCUUUGCAUGCGACCGAACGAUCUCGGACUGCCCAAUUCGUGCGAUGCACGCAAGAUUAAUCAGCAGCAGACAAGUUUACAAGUGCCGUUAAUUGCACAGCGUAUGCGGAAGUAUUAUGAUACAACAUUCACUUUGGAAGAGUUUGUGGAAAGCCUAGAGAAAUCCGAGUCUAAGAAAUCUAAAAUGGCAGGCCAAGACAAUUCAAGCAUGCCGCCUCCAGAAUUUGCCGGAUCAGACAUAUUUUCUCAGCAUAGCGGCAGCGAGUAUGUACACGAAACCAAGGCAGCAUACUACAACGAAGCUUCGCGUCAACGAGAUGAAGACGAGGAAGAAGAACCUCCCGUGUCCGGUAACCGCCGCAAAUGGCUGUUCGUUGUAUGGCUCCUUACAUGGUGGAUUCCUUCUCCUUGCUUGUCGUAUUGCGGCGGCAUGAAGCGCAAAGAUAUCCGAAUGGCAUGGCGAGAAAAGGUGGCGCUAUGUAUCCUAAUCUCUCUAAUGUGCUUAGCCAUGAUUCUGUUCAUCAUUGGCUUUGGUCCGCUGAUCUGUCCACACCAAGACGUGUACUCUGUUUCUGAGCUGCAAUCCAAGUCAGACAAGAAGAGUGCCUAUGUGGCAGUUCGAGGCGAAGUAUUUGACUUGACAAAGUUUGCGCCCCACCAUUGGGCGUCCGAAGUAAUCCCUGACAAGGUUGUUUUUGACUAUGCAGGCAAGGACGCCACCAACUUAUUUCCGGUGCAGGUCUCUGCCUUGUGUGAUGGCACAACCGGCUCCGUCAACGAUCAAGUUGUCCUCGACUUCCAAUACAAUCUGACCGACAAAAAUGCUGCAUACCACGACUUCCGCUACUUUACGGACGAUUAUCGGCCUGAUUGGUACUUUGAGCAGAUGGUUUACAUGCGCAAAAACUACCGUCUUGGCUUUAUGGGCUAUGAUCCGGACGAUAUUCUGAAGCAGGCGACCAACAUUGUCACGGUUGGUGAAAUUCAGACGCACAGACAAUGGGCGAUUUUGCAUGGUGAUGUUUAUGACUUGACAUAUUAUCUGAUGGGUGGACGAGCCCCGCGUGCUCCUAAGGGCCAGCAAGCGUUGGCCAACCUGGAUAUCAACUUUAUGGAUAAUGGAAUCGUCGAGUUGUUCCGACAGCUGGCAGGCACUGAUAUCUCUAAGCAUUUUGACGCACUUCCCUUGGACCCAGCCUUGCGUAGUCGACAAAUGGUGUGUCUCCGCAACCUAUUCUUCGUUGGCAAGCUAGAUACUCGCCGGUCGAUCCAGUGCCAAUUCUCCGAAUACUUUUUGCUCAUCAUCACCGGUAUACUUGUCGCUGUCAUUGUGUUCAAGUUUAUUGCUGCUUUACAGCUCGGUGCACGCCGCGAACCAGAGGAGCAUGACAAGUUUAUCGUUUGCCAAGUGCCCUGCUACACUGAAGGCGAAGAGUCACUGCGCAAGACCAUCAACUCGAUUGCUGUCCUCGACUAUGAUGAUAAACGCAAACUCAUGUUCUUGGUAUGCGACGGUAUGAUUGUGGGUAGCGGCAAUGACAGGCCUACACCACGUAUCGUGCUCGACAUUCUGGGUGUCGAUCCUAACGUUGAUCCUGAACCGUUGUCGUUCUUCUCCUUGGGACCAGGCUACAAGCAGCACAACAUGGCCAAGAUCUACUCUGGGUUGUACGAGUGCUCGGGUCACGUCGUACCCUAUGUCGUGGUUGUCAAGGUGGGCAACCAAUCUGAACGCCAGAAACCCGGUAAUCGCGGUAAGCGGGACUCGCAGAUGGUGUUGAUGCGGUUCCUGAACAAAGUGCACUUUGAUACACCCAUGGCGCCCAUGGAACUUGAAAUUUAUCAUCAAAUCAAGAACGUCAUUGGUGUUGAUCCCAGCAUGUACGAGUUUGUGCUGAUGGUGGAUGCCGAUACUGAGGUUGUUGCUGACUCCUUGAACCGAAUGGUGUCCUGCUUUGUUCAUGACGCCAAAAUUGUGGGUUUAUGCGGCGAGACGAAGUUGAACAAUGAGCGAGAUAGCUGGGUGACGAUGAUCCAGGUCUACGAGUAUUACAUCUCACAUUUCCUUGCCAAGGCAUUCGAGUCCCUAUUUGGAUCUGUCACUUGUUUGCCCGGCUGCUUCUGUAUGUACCGUGUCCGUUCGCCUACCAAAAACCAGCCGCUGUUGGUGAGCAACCAAGUGAUCGACGAUUAUGCGCAAAACCGUGUAAUCACACUGCAUGAAAAGAAUUUAUUGCAUUUGGGCGAAGAUCGGUACUUGACAACAUUGAUCUUGAAGCAUUUUCCGACAUACAAGACGAAAUUUACGGCCGAUGCCAGCUGCUCAACAAAUGCCCCCGAGCAAUGGAGCGUAUUGUUAUCGCAACGUCGUCGAUGGAUCAACUCUACUGUACACAACCUUGGGGAACUGUCGUUCUUGCCACAGCUCUGUGGUUUCUGCUGCUUCUCGAUGCGCUUUGUCGUCAUUCUUGAUCUGAUGAGCACCUUGACGAUGCCAGCUGUCGUUUUGUACCUCACCUACCUGAUAUACAGACUUGUUUCGGAUGCUGACCAAGUUCCACUGAUUUCUAUUUUGCUGUUAUGUGGUGUUUAUGGUUUACAAGCGUUGAUUUUCAUUAUUCGCCGCAAAUGGGAGCAUAUUGGCUGGAUGAUCAUCUACAUUCUCGCUAUCCCGCUAUUCUCGUUCUUUGUCCCAAUCUACUCCUUCUGGCACUUUGACGACUUUUCAUGGGGUAACACGCGUGUCGUAAUCGACCAGGGCAAUGGACAAAAAAAGGCGGUGCCUGUUGACGAGGGCCAUUUCGACCCACGGUCUAUACCAAUGAAGAAAUGGAGCGAACACGAGCAGGAAAUGUGGGAAACCGGUACAGUUGAAACCAAGCAUACUGGAUCCACGGCAGCAGCAGGAGUGCCAAAAUAUCCACCAACCAUUCAUCAACACCCUAUGGCAGCUCCCCCGAGGAUGUCAUCCUUCACUCUGGAUAAUCAGAGUAUCAGAUACAACUCUAGCGGUAUGUUGAAUGCUUCCCCAUCAUCCAUAUACAGUGAGCCCUUUGGACCUCCUCCGAUAGGCGGUGGCCCAACAGACGAAGAGAUCCGUCGAGAAGUGCAUCGGAUCACUGCGACAUCUGAUCUGAUGGUCAUGACCAAGAAACAAGUCCGUGAACAGCUCAGUAGACAAUUUGGCGUGGACAUGGCGUAUAAAAAGGAUUACAUCAACUUUUGUAUUGAAGAAGCACUGCACUUUUAA